GGACAAAGACAUGCAGCAUGCAGCAGGAGCAAAACUCUGAGACACAGACAAUCAAAAUAACACAAAAUUCUCAACUAAAGAGGUAUUUUUCACCAGGCAGAGGAUGCAAACAACUUUGACAAACUUGAAAUGCAUCCUAGGAUGAAUCUGAUGGCUUGGGAAGUGGCCAGAUCGCAUGGAUAACUAUUGAUGGCAUGGAUAACUGUUGAACUUUGUUUCUGUCUGGAAAAGUACAUUUUGGAAUAGAUUUUGCUUGUUGAAGCUUCAGAGUUUUACUCACACCAUGAGGACAAGAUUUGGGAUUAAAGGGGACUAACAUGGGCAUGCAGUUAAUCUAGGUUUUUAAAGCACUAUUCCAGAGAUGGAGAGCUACUUCGGUCCUGCCACAUUUCUCCUCUUGUUUCUGAUGUCGCUUGAUGCACAGCUGGUUUGUUGGCAGGCACUUAUCAGGUGUCAUGAAGAGCGGGACUGCGAGCUCGCCUAUAAUCAAUAUCUGACCGCAUGUGAUGGGAAUAUCCGGGGGAAUCGAAGGCAGUGCCCGAGCCACUGCAUCAGUGCUCUCAUCCGCCUCAACACGACCACCAGUGGGCCAGAACUAGAGAGCUGCGACUGUGGGACAGACUUGGAGUGUCUGCGGGCCAAACACGCCAUUGAACCGUGUCUGCCGAGAAAGCAUCCUGGUGGCGCACCCGGGAUUGGCUGUACCGAAGCACGCCAGCGUUGCGAAGACGAGCCCAACUGUCAAAAGUCCCUGACGGCCUACCUGUCUCACUGCGGACAACUGUUCAACGGAAGGAAAUGUUCGUCCCGAUGCAAAUCAACCAUAGAGGACCUGCUAUUCAUGCCAAAUGGUGUGCUGCUGAAUCAGUGUGUGUGUGAUGGUUUAGAAAGGCCGUUUUGUGAGGUAGUCAAACAGAAUAUGGUCAAACUGUGUUCUAUUGGGGACCACAGUGUUUCCAUUGACAACGACGGAAUGGAUGAUAUAUAUGAGGAUGAAGAUUAUGAGGUGAAACCAGAGAGAGAGGUGACAGAUGCAGAUGCUGUGAUGUCAAAUGCCUUCACUAUUUCUCAACAGGUAGUUUUGCUGUGUAGUGCUUUUGUUGUGGCUCUUGCCCACAUCUGAGUUUGUCUACAGUCACUGCACUCUACGGUAUGGUGAAAUGCCGCUGACUGACCCUCAACAAAGAAGACACUUGCAGAUGACUGUUUAUCAUCUCAGAGUCAUUAAGUGUAACCAUUUAGUUCUUCUUGAAGCCAGGAACCAAUGACAUUCGUCCAAACUAAAUAAUUUUUUGUCAACACUGAUUAAUUCAGAUAAGUUUUGAGGAAUAAAUUCACUGCAGUCUUUCGGUAUGUUUUCACUAUGACAUGACUCUUGUUUUGUUUCCCUUUAGUGCCACUUGAAGUGUGUCUUUUUUAAUAAGACUAAAGGCAAACAGUGGACUUGUGUCGAGAGUGUUUGCCAGCAGACUCUCAUUGUACUUGCAUCUCACUUCAAAUAUUUGUAGUCUGUGGUUGUGGAUAAAGGAACCAGUUCUGGGAUCAAGUACUUCAUUUAAGUGAAGAGGCCCUUUAGAAGAUUUUAAACGGUCUCGACCCCAAUCGCUCACUCUUCAGUUCUGCUUGGUUUUAUUGGAGUCUUUCCUGGUUUAACUUCUUGCUCUGAUUCAAUGGCAGAACCUCAGUUGGUCAUUCUCCAGAAGUCAGCAAUGGUCUUCAAUACUAGUCUGAAGACGUGAUGCUAACAUUUAACAGCAGAGGAUUGAUCAAUUAUCUUUAAACUUGAAAUAUCCACUGUAUGUGUAUGCUGGUUUAAAAACACUAUGAAUGACUGUAUUUUCACCAAUUGAAGCAGCUCUGAUGAAGUUCAAUGCUAAACUUGAAAACACUUUUCUUCAUAAAAGAAGCUAAUAUUUGUUUUCAAAGGUUUAGAUAUCAACUCCAGUUUUUUCUUUUGCAUAUAACGAAUCAUUAGUAAUGUUACAUGGACUAAAGUGUAGAAUUUAAAGUGUAUUCGAACUCUAUGGCCCAAAACAUACUCUAUGCAACUAUGCAAGCCCGAUUUCAUGUUAUUAUGUUUCAAAAUGUGUCAGAAUGCAAUUCACAAUACAAUGCAAGUAUGUGUCAUUUUCUUAGAAUUCCUGCAAGGGGAGCUUUAGCUGGCAUUAGUGUAAAAGGUGAGAAGGAUAUACAGUAGCAGCAGACAGAGCUCCAAAAUUGGGCCUCCAACCUAACCUGUUCCCCAACCCUAAUUGUGUGUGGAAGUGUUACCCCCUUCUGGAGUAAACCUGCACUCAUUUGGAGAUUCCACCCCCGUUUGGAGAUCUCCGGCCUGCAGCUACACCUACUUGUUAAAGGUCUCCUUCUACUCUUAGUUUUCUCCUUCCAGUCAACUACUGUCAUAGUGGAGAAAUAGUUUCAAAAUCAGUUAGAAUGUUGUUGUACAAUUUAGUUAAAAUUAGUUAAGCUUCCUAUCUGAUAAGUAAUAUCUGGUUUAAUGGCACAAAUAUAAAGGGAACUCUAUCACCCCCUGGAGCACUGAGGUUUUUUCCCCCCUAGUAACACAAGGAUUCACAUUCAGAAUGUCUAAAGGGACUAUGCGCUUGCAGUGUGUUGGCCAAGCAUUCAAAUCUGCAUGUGCAAACUUAAAGAGUAUGUUUCUGACCUAAUAUUUCUUUUUACUCUUCUGAAAGGGUCCAUAAUCCUUGCUACAAUUUUCAAAACCUUUGUACAUAAAAAUUAUUUAUUUAUAC